GAAGAAGAAGAAGAAGAAAAAAGUGCGCUUGUUCUUUUAUAUUAUAAUUCGUUUGGGGAAAAAUAAAAUAUUUCAAUUAUUUACAAAAUUUAUGGUGAAAUAAAAGAUAAAAUUAUUAAUUUAUAAGAAAAGCUAUAAAUAUAAAAGAAAAUAUCUAAAAAACAACAAGAAAACAUGGCCCAAAAUGCACCACCUUCACAAGAUGUGCAGGAUAUACAAUUCAAAUUACAUGAUAAAUUCAGUAUAUUUUCCGAGGCAAAAGAUGUAAAAAGUUUGGUUAGUUUAUUGGCUGUUUCCUCCGCCAAAGGUCUACUGUUUGCCGGUAAUCCGCAUAGCAAUGAAUUGAAAGUUUUUAAAUUAAGAGAUAUAGUUGAUGCUAAGGCUUCUGGACAGGAACUAAAAGUUCGUGUAGUUAAUUUACCGGGUGAACCUAAGGUCUUAGCAUGCAGUUGUGAUGGUUCUAUGCUGGCGGUUAAUUAUGUUUUAAACAAUACCGGCUUUUUGCAAAUCUAUCAAGUGGAUAGUUUUGUUACUCCCACGCCAACUUCUAUGUAUAACAUGCCCGUUGCUCCAGAAAGUAAUGUUUUUGCUUUACAAAUGCUUUGGAAUCCGGUAAUACCCAAUAAUAUUGCUUUGAUUUUAACCGAUGGUUCGGUGGCCAUGUUUACUUUGAAUAAUGGUCAAUAUGAUAAAGUUACUUUGGGUAAAGAGCAUCAAGUUAAAGCUGGCUGUUGGUCCCCAAAAGGAAAACAAAUCGUAUUUGGUUUUGCCGAGGGUAAACUGCAACAAUUCAAACCCAAUUUACAGCCAGCUAGAGCCAUCCCUUGUCCGCCCGGCAUACAUCCGGGACCAUUUGAUUGUAUAGCGGUACAUUGGCUGUCUACAUUUCAAUUUGCCGCUAUUUUCCUGCAAAGGGGUCAGGAAAUGUGUCCCUCAUUGUUUAUAGUUAAUGCUCCUAAGGCUGGUCAGCCGUCUUAUAUCAAUUACUAUGAUGUUUGCUAUAGUGCUCCUGGGCCACGCAUACAGCAAUUAUCUUUUAACCACAUAGCCCCAUGGAAUCUUUUAUUGGUUACUUCUGCUAAUGGUGUGGAGGUGGGUGUAUUGGGAACUAAAGAUGCAGGCGAUAAUCCCAAUUGGAUACAGUAUACUUUACUGGAUGAGGCUCGUAUUGAAAUGCCUUUGACUGAGUCAAAAGAUGAAACUUAUCCCUUAGGUUUUGCCUACGAUACCGCCUCUUCUCAUCAAGUGCUUGUAGGAGAAAAGAAACUGCCCGUAAUGCCCAUGAUUCAUGUCUUAUCGACUCAUGGUCAUUUGGUUUCCUAUAAUUUCUUAAAUUUGGCUCCCAAUGCUGUAGAUGUUUGUUCACCACCUCCCCCUUUAAAUGAUAUAUCGGGACAGUUUGUAGAUUUGAAGCAAACAGUUGCUGUUGCAGCUAGCCAAGCAAGACCUCAGGGCGGUGAAAAUAAACCUCCAACUGCUGGUCAAGGUUUUGGUGAUAUGACCUUUUCUAUAGGUUCCAAUAUGGUCACCUCAACACCGGCUAUUAAAGAUAAGCCGGUGCCUUUAUUUGGCACACAACCAGCUGCGGCAAAACCAACAACAGGUUUUGGUUUCAACACAAAUGCUCCAACAGCUUCCUCUGCAACUACAGCACCAACCAACAAUAAGCCCUCAACAGGAUUUGGUUUUGGUUCAGCAACCACCACAACAACAUCUACAGCACAACCAUUUUCCCAACCUUUUGGUGGAGCCAUGACAACAGGAACACCUUUUGGUGGAUUUUCAGGAACAGGUUUUACUGCCAAACCUAAUGAAGCUCCCAAACAGCCGACUACACAAACCCAAACUUCCCAACUAGCCAAUCUUAAUAAAAAUCCUGAAGCCAACAAACCCUUGUACACAGUACCAGCCACAUUUACACCACCUAGUGUGCAGCAGACACAAAAUAACAUCAAAUCGGAACAGAAGACAAUACAACCCGCAGCAACUUCUAACAAAAUGAAUUUGAAUACCGGAGAAAUUGAUGAAGUGGUAAAACAAAUGAUAGUCAUACAAAUAGAAGCCUUUGAAAUGGAAUUCAAACAUAUACGACAACAGUCCAAGCAAUUAAUGGAAAAUAUUGGUUCUCCCGAUGAAAUUAAAUCGUAUAGUAAACAAUUAAAUGAUCUACAAGAAAUUCUUGAACAGGCCAAUGAUCAUGAAUUUGAACAGGAUGUACAAAGUUUAAGGCAUUCCAUGAAUGAAUCCUAUGCCAUGUUAGCUGAAUGUCGCACCAAAUUGGAUUUAUACAAUAAUCCCAACUUAACCCGUUUAUCCACCGUUUCCUCCACGGAUCCCACCAGUCGCCGCCAAUUGGCUAAAUUACAGGCCUAUGCUGCUUCAAAUCAAAAUCAGUUGUCUCAAUUGAAUCAGUUAAUUGAUGCUCAAUGGUCUCAAUAUCAAGAUGUUGUACGAAGAAAUUCCAAGAAUCAAAUGCAUAUUCCCUGUUUGGAUGGUAUUUAUCAGCGCAUGUCAAAGUUGAAGGAUAUGCUGGCUAGACAAAGAACUAAAAUGAAUUAUAUCAAGACUAAGCUAAAGCAGAAGGGCUUAAAUUAUAAGCCACCCAGUGAGGUGGAUGUUACUUCGGUGGCAGUGGGUGCUUUAACGAAAAAUCAAAGCACCAUGGAAUCUUUAGCCGAUUCCAUACUCUCCAUGAGCUUGUCGCAGGUGGUUUCUCAAACUCAAGCUAAACUGUCGGAAGACAAAUUAAAUGCCAUACGAAAUUUCACCAAAAGGCAACAACAAAUUGCCAUAAUCAAACCCAAACGGCCAGAUCGCAUAGGACUGAAAUCGGAAGUGAUUUUGGAAACUAAACUGGAAACUGAGCGUAAACAAAAGGAAAUGGUUAAAAAGCAGCAGCAGCAACAACAAAUGCAGCAACAAAUACAACAGCAACAACAAAUGCAACAGCAGCAAUAUAUGCAACAACAACAGCAGCAAUAUAUACAACAACAACAACAGCAGCAACAGUAUGCAGCUUAUAAACAACAAACAAACAUGCAAAAAGUUGUCGCCUCCAAACCCCAUGAACAACAAAACUAUCAAACACAAUUGCAGCAACAAUUGCUUAAACCACAAGCUACUAUAUCAACACCACAGCAGCAACAACCUCCACUUCUAGCCAAACCAACAGCCUCUAAACCAAACAUAGUAUCCUCACAGCCACCUACAUUCAUAACGCCCACUUCAUCCGCAGCGGCUACUUUAUCCUUUGGCGGCAAUAGUUCAUUUGUUAAAACAUCCAACUCUACAACAGCAACAAAAACAGAUGAAUCCAAUAAACCUAUAGCCACCUCUACAGCUUUUACCGGUUUUGGCAUGACCACCUCACAACAACAGACAUCUUUGAGUUUUAAUCAAACAAAACCCCUACUCAAUACAGCGGCCACAUCGAUGGCCAAUGAAAGUAAAGAAAAUCAACAGCCUACCAAUACGCCAAUUUCAUUUUCCGCCAAAGUUAUUGGCGGUAAUGAUGCUAAACCAUUUACAAAUUUGGGCAAUAAAACGACAACGCAAACUAAUGCUGUGCAGCCACCAGCACAAGGUUUUGCAGCUUCUACUUCUAGUGGGUUUUCAGCAUUUGCCAAUACAAAACCCUUAACACAAACCAGUAAUCAAACGAAAGAUGAUACUAAGAAGCUAGAAGAAACUCCCAAACAAUUUGGUUUUUCUACAGCUUCUUCAACAACAACAACAUCCACUUCUUCAAGCACAUCAAUAGCACCUCCUGCUGCUUUUGGUGGUUUUGGCGGCUCUACUAAACCAGCUACUACAGCAGCCCCAUUUUCCACAUCCCUCUUUGGUUCGAACAGCUCUACUAACACCUCUACACCUUUUGCGACUUUAUCUUCAUCUUCUUCAUUUUCUUUUAAUGCAAAUGUUUCUACAACAGCAGCAACACCUGCUUCAACUAAAGCUGUAACCACCACUACAAUUACAACUUCGUCAACGCCCGCCGCAACUGCUGUUACAGCUAAACCAGCUGAAAUAAAAACUCCUCAAAUUACUACUGCUUCUUCAGCUUCAAGCGCUCCAACGUCAAGUGCACCCGCCAGUUUUAGCUUCAUUAGCCCAGCAGCUGGCAACACUACGGUUACUUCUACCAAAUCCACUGCAGCACCUAACGUUACCAUAACCUCAACGGGCUUACCAGAACCUAAACCUGCUGCUACGGCAACACCAACUUCAAGUAGUACACCAACUCCCUCAGCAACAGCUGAUCCUACGGAUUCCCUCUUUGGUUCGCUUAACAUUUGCAAACCCACGGCUAAAGAAGCUGCAGGAGAUUCUGGCAAACCAGCUAAUAUAUUCUCUGGAUUUGCCGCUGCUACAUCGACAGCAUCAAGUGGAGCGUUUUCCUUUGUUUCGGCCAGUGGAGCUGGAGAUGGUGCGAAAUCGUUUUUGGGCUCAACCAGUACAACUGGAACAACUCCCAGUACAGGAUUUUCAUUUGUCUCAGCUGCCAGCGCUACGCCGGCAACAACAGCGAAUCUUUUUGGAAAACCAGCCACUGCAGAAACAACAGCGGCAGCUACCGGCACUACAACCACCACAACUUUGACUACAACAUCAACAGCGGUAUCUAGCACAGCAGCUGCUCCUUCUAACGCUGCCACAACAUCUUCAUUUACAUUUGCCGCAGCGGCGGCUCCGGCAGCAGCUUCCACUGCUGGUUCAUUGUUUGGCUCGCUUUCCCUGUCGUCUUCAACUGCUGUCUCCACGACCGCAGCCACUGCUACGACCACUUCGGCUCCAGCAGCUGGUAAUAUAUUUGGCGGAGGAUCUUCGGUGUUUGGACAAACUAGCACAGCUGCCACUACAAGUACCACAACUUCGAUAUUUGGAGGCGGUGCAGCAGCAGCAUCUUCAGCACCUUCGUUGUUUGGUUCCACAGCCCCGGCCACAACAACUGCCGCUACUCCUGGCUCAGGCUCCAUAUUUGGAGCCGCUGCAGCUGCUACACCACCGGCAGGUGGCAGUGUCUUUGGAGGCAUACCUAAACCGGACCAAUCCGUUUUUGGUGCCGCUAAUACCGCCGCCCAACCAGCUGGCACUGGUUUAUUUGCAGCAGCAGCUGCAGCAACUAAGCCUCCCGCAGCCACAGGCGGCAGUAUCUUUGGUGGUGGUUCUUCAACAGGAUUUGGUGGUUCAACAGCAGGUUCCAUAUUUGGUGGUGGCGGCAAUACAGCUGCCGCCAGUCCUUUUAGCUCUACAGCAUCAGCAAAUACAGCCGGUUCUAUAUUUGGAGCAGCAGCGGCAGCAACUAAACCUGCCGAAGGUGGUAGUAUCUUUGGUUCACCCACACAACAAUCGGCCUCUAGUGGCGGUUCAUUAUUUGGCAAAAGUACUUUUGGAGCAACAGCAGCACCACAAUCAGCUGGAGGUAUUUUUGGAGGUGCUGCUGCUCAAUCGCCCACCUCGGGAGGUUUUGGCGCAUCAGGAGGUUCCAUAUUUGGAGGAUCUGCUGCAGCUAAUACCUCAGCAUCGGGAGGUUCUAUAUUUGGACAAGCCGCUGCAGCAACGGCACCAGCUUUUGGAGCAUCACCAGGUUUUGGCUCCUUUUCGCAGCCAUCUUCGGCUCCCGCUUUUGGUUCACCCUCGGCAGGUGGUUUUGGUGCUCCAGCAGCCACAGGAUUCGGUUCGCCUCAACAGCAAGGUGCCUUUGCAAAACCAGUUUUCGGUGGUCCAGCUUCAUUUGGUAGUCCUCAACCAGCUUUUGGUGCCCAACCGACAUUCGGAGGAGCUCCAACAUUUGGCAGUCCCAAAGGUUUCGGCUCAUUUGCAGCAACAUCUCCAACAGCCACCGGUUUCGGUGCAGGUGCUCAAGCUUCUGCAGCGCCCAAGGGAAACAUUUUCGAAACAUUAGGCUCUCAAGACUCGGGUUUGUCUUUUGGAAAUUUGGCUCAUUCUACACAGGCUCAGCAACAGAAACCCGCUUUUGGAGGUUCUUCUUUCAUGAACUAUCGUUCUUAAAUGUUUGUAAAAAACGCCUUUAAGCGUUGUUCUUUAUUUUUUUUUAUAUAAUUUUUGUGUAAUUAUUUUUCUUUUUCUAAAUUUAUUGUUCUUUUGUAUCAAUAUUUUUUGUGUUUCAUUAUUUUUUUUCGCAACAGUUAAAUAAAAAUUAUUCUAAAAUUUGCUG